AACUGAAAAGUGGGGUGGAAUUGUGUACUUUCCACCUCACUUCAGUUCUAACUGUAUUGAGCUUGAAAGGUUAACUUUGUUUCGCUCUGUACAGGCAGAGUCAUACACCACAGAAACAGACUCUUCCGUUCAACCGAACAUCCUAAUGUGAUUCCAUUUGCCAGCAUUUGGCUCAUAACUGUCUGAACCUUUCCUAUUCAGCCGUGAGGUCAGGAUGUUUACGCAAACUGUAUACAGUCUAUCAGAUGGUGGAACUUCCAGAAACUCAUCAGUUGCUGCGGGAUACCUGCAGAGGCUUUGCGGAAAAGGAACUCACUCCAGUUGCUGCACAGCUAGACAAAGAGCACAAAUUUCCUGCUGAGCAGAUAAAGAAAAUGGGAGAACUUGGGCUCAUGGCAAUGGAUGUACCUGAGAAGUAUGGUGGAGCAGGAUUGGAUUAUCUGGCAUACGCCAUUGCUAUGGAGGAAAUAAGCCGGGGCUGUGCUUCCACGGGCGUCAUCAUGAGUGUAAAUAAUUCGUUAUAUCUGGGUCCAAUUUUGAAAUUCGGUUCAGAAGAACAAAAGAACAAUUGGAUAACCCCAUUCACAGAUGGAAAGAAGAUUGGCUGCUUCGGUUUGAGUGAACCAGGGAAUGGAAGCGAUGCUGGUGCAGCCUCCACCACUGCCAGACUAGACGGUGAUCACUGGAUUUUAAAUGGCACAAAGGCUUGGAUCACGAAUGGCUGGGAUGCUUCAGCUGCAGUUGUUUUUGCCACCACAGACAAAUUACUCAAGCACAAGGGAAUAAGUGCCUUCUUAGUUCCAAUGCCUACACCAGGGUUAUCCUUGGGAAAGAAAGAAGACAAAUUGGGAAUUAGAGCAUCAUCCACUACAAACCUCAUUUUUGAAGACUGCAAAAUACCAAAGGAGAACAUUUUGGGAGAACCAGGCUUUGGCUUCAAAAUAGCCAUGCAAACACUAGAUUCAGGUCGGAUCGGUAUUGCCUCGCAGGCCCUCGGAAUUGCUCAAGCAGCCCUGGACUGUGCUGUGGACUAUGCUGAGAAAAGGAUAGCCUUUGGCUCACCAAUCUCCAAACUUCAGGCUACUCAGCUCAAACUGGCUGAUAUGGGCCUGGCACUAGAGAGUGCUCGCUUGUUAACCUGGAGAGCAGCCAUGCUGAAGGAUAAUGGAAAAUCAUAUAUAAAGGAAGCUGCAAUGGCUAAACUGGCAGCAUCUGAGGCAGCAACAAGUAUUGCUCACAAAGCCAUGCAGAUUCUGGGAGGUAUGGGUUAUGUUACGGAAAUGGCAGCUGAGAGACACUAUCGUGAUGCCCGCAUAACUGAGAUCUAUGAAGGAACCAGCGAAAUCCAGAGACUAGUCAUAGCGAACCAGUUACUGAAAGGAUACAGAGGUUAAGAGCAUCUUUGGGAACAAAAUGUUGACAACAUUGAAAAUGCCUAAUGCAGCCAGAGUGUUGGUAAACAGAAACUGAAUUUCUAAUCCAUUGCUGUUAAUCUGUGAUAUAAUUUUGAUACUUCAAACAUGGAAAAUAUUUUGCAAACAGGAACUUUGUGGAACUGCAAACUUUUGUCAAACUAAGAAACAAACUGAAUUAAUAAGUUACAACGUUGAAAGAAAAGUCCAAAGCGUGAAUCAUACUUAAAACCAGAAAGAAACAGAAUGAUUUAUCAUAUGAAAUGUUCAAAAUCUUUAAAACCCAGUAAAGUAAUAAUAUUCCUCACUGAUCCAUCUUUCUGCAUGAUCACCUUCAGGUUCUCUGUUUUACAGCAUGUGUGACCAUGGCUCUUCAGCUUUUGCAAUUCUUGAUAAUCACUGACAUGUUGACAUUGUUCUUAAAUCUCAAGCCUGUUUUGCUUCUUAUAAACUGUUGCUCACCAUAUACACUGAUGUAACUGGACUCUGCUUUCUUCAUCCCAAUAUUAUAUAUUAUUUGGGUGCCAAGGUCCUGACAGUUCAGUCCAUUGUUGUGUAUUUCUUCCUUUGUCUUCAUUUUACUCUGCUAUCUUCAAGUUUAUGUCACAACCAAAUGUCCUGAUUUUUCCUUUCCCAAGUACCUGCCCAAAGAAUUGUAAUUAAGUCUUGGUGAUCAUUUGUUAAAUUCUUCUUUUGUGGCUGUGUUCCUCAAAACAUCCACGUAAGUAUGUGUGGUCAACUAAACCUCAUCAUAUGUCUCAGAAAGCAAACUUCUGUUGUCUUUAAUUUAUCUUCCAUCAUUUUGCUUAUAUUCCAUAUACAUUGACACAAUGGAGCAUUUUGAGAAUCUUAUUCUGUUUUCUAUAAAGCUGCUGAUAUUUCUAAAGAUGGCUGAUAUUUUUGUGGUUUGUUUUGUAAGUCUUAUGUCUUCCUGAUGUUUUGAUAAUUUUUUUCCAACCAGAUGUUAUUAGGCUUCCCAGGUAGGAAAAUGAUUCUCCUUGCUUUAUUUCUUAUGAUUCCACUAUUAUUCCGCAUCUAGGUGUAAUUGUUUGAUACUACCAUGCAUUCUGUUAUGUUUCAGUUUACUGAUAACCAAAGCUAUUCUUGUUUAUACAAUUGUAUCUAGACGUCUUUGUCGAUCUGCCAUAAUUCUGUGUUAACCACUUAUCUCGGAUUGUUUAGAUUUAGUCCACGUAUUGAAAUUCUCUGAUGGAUGCCUCAUAACCGUUGCGUUAUUUCCAAGACUGAAAAGAUAUGGAGAUAAAACAUAACCUCACCAUUUACACUGAUGUAACUGGACUCUGCUUUCUUCAUCCCAAUAUUAUAUAUUAUUUGGGUGCCAAGGUCCUGACAGUUCAGUCCAUUGCAAUAUCUUGGUGGGCUGAAGGGCCUGUACUUGUGCCUUAACAAAUGUAAAAUUAUAUCUAAUCAGGAGAAAUCAUAGGGAGGCAGAAUUCCUCUCUCCAUAGAUUUUUUAAAAAAUACAUAACAUGUUUACUUACAUGUAAUGCACAGAAGAAACCUUGCUAAUGGGGACUCAGGAACUUGUGUGUUGUUCAUAAAAUAUUGAAAUUCUGCGUGAUUUUUGCUUUUUACUUUGUAGAUAUAAAUUGAUCUUUGCUUCAUUAGAUGUGAUUGGGUUCUUGUUGCUGAUCCGGUUAGUGUACAUGAGCUGCUAAUCAAAUUUUCUCCUUUUUGGUAUGAUUAUCUAGCAACAAAAGUUUGAUUGCGCUGUUAUUGUAUAUUCGCUAGCUGCAGAAAGCAUAUUAUAUUAAUGUCUGACCAGAAUCUGCUACUGCAAAAGUAUUUGGCAAUAUUGCUAACUGUUACUGAAAUUAAUUAAUAAAACAAAUAUUUUAACAGAUGUACAGGCAAUUAAGUUUAUAUUAAAAAAACAGAAAAAUCUGUGUUGUGCCAAAUGGGG